GCGGUUAUCAAGUUGCAACCCUAUAGAGACGCCGGACUUGGUGUAAAGAAAAAACGGAAAAGUGCCGUCUUUUUAGCCGCCGUAAAUUAUCCCGAAAAACGUGAAAAGACCACCGAAAACGGAGCCCCUGGCCGAACGACCUACGUGUACCGCAGGAAAACGAGGAAUACUACGAACAAGAUGUCGGACAUCUCCAGCGAGGACCUGCGUCGCGAAAUCCAGGCGGUUUUAAAGGACGCUGAUUUGGCCACCAUUUCCGCAAAGAGGGUGCGUGAACAGGUCGAGGGAAAGCUGAACUGCUCCUUGUUGAGCCGCAAAAAGGAGUUUGACAAGAUCGUGAUGGAAGUGAUCAACGAACAGCAAGACGAGGAAGACGAAGACGAUGACGACGGCAAGGAUCCGGAUGCGGACCCUGAUGAUGAGAGCGAGCCCAGCGAGGAGGAGGAUCCCAGCAGCAGCGAAGAGGAGGCAACUAAGAAGAAGAAGCCGGGUCCCAAGAAGAGGCCACAGCCAACGAAGCACAAGGCUCCGAAAAAGAAGCGUAAGACUUUAAAUGCUGAUGAUUCCGGUACCGAGAGCGAUGCUGGAUCUGAUUCCGACUACGAGGUGGUCAAGAAGCCAGCGGCCAAGAAGAAGGCCAAGGCUGCCGGAGGAGCAGGUGGAGGAUCUGGACGCAAGAGCACCGGCUUCACACGAGCUUACAAUCUCUCACCGGAAUUGAGCGCCCUUAUGGGGGAGUCCUCCCUGCCGCGUCACGAAGUCGUCAAGAAGGUGUGGGCCAUUAUUAAAGAGCGUGAUCUUUACGAUCCAAAGAACAAGCAGUUCGCCAUCUGCGACGACGAGCUGAUGAAGGUGAUGAAAAUCCGCCGUUUCCGCACCUUCGGUAUGCUGAAGCACCUCAAGCCGCACUUUCUCGACUAAGUCCGCCCGCCGAUCCUCUCCAGAUGCAAAUAUAUGUACGCCUCACAGCCAGCCUGGUUUACUAACCCACUGUAACUUUCGGCUCCGCUUGGAUUUGUUUGUUCCACAACCUUUGAUUAAGAUUUAGUUGACGCAUGUGUUUAGCAUUAACCUAAUUAGGACGGGUUUGAUAUGCACUUUACGGCAUUUUAAGGAAAUGUUCAUACCAAAAGCAAAAUAUGGACGGAAAAAUUAUAUAAAAAGAAUUGUAAUACAUGAAGUAUUUGAUUUUUUUAUAACAACCUCGUGUAGUUUACAUUUUAUAAAGUAUCAAAGAAAAACAUAACAAGUUUAAGGCAAUUAUCGAGUAAUAAAAAGAGAAAUAGACGAGUGAUGCAUCUGAAAUACACGAAA